GUCGCUGUGAUAAUAAAAAAAAAAAAAAGAAGCAUUUUGUUUACGUUCAACAUAUUUUUUUAACCCAAGUAUUAUUCGGUUUUUUGAACGUAUAUUCGCACAACGUAUUUUGAGUGAAUCAUGUCGGGGUAUCUAGCUUUAUGAUAGUCACCCGGUAAUGUCAGCUUCACUGAAUGUCUAGCCGGUCUCAUCGUCGCGCGCUCUCACGUAAGUAACCCAAAAUUUAUGUUGAAGUCAACGUAAAUCACCGGCCCGGGAUAAUGGACUUAGUAUAUUCGAUAUUUCGAAAACAAGCUUGGAAAACACAAUUUCAAAAUGAGCAGAUGGAAGAGGACAUGUGCUUUAAAUGCCUGGCUAAGAUCUCCGCCAACAAUAUUGUCGCUUGGGUAACCACAUUCGAUCUUGACGAUCACGUCAACAUCAACUGGGGAUCACACGUGUACAUAGCUGAUCUCAACGUGCCUUGGAAGUACCACAAGAUCACUUCCAAUAAUUGUACCGUCACCACUCUAGAAUGGGACAUGUAUGGCUAUUCGCUUUUGAUUGGUGACAAAAAUGGUGCUGUAUCUAUAUGGACUUGUAGUACUGAUCAUAAUCUCACCAAUUGGGUUCAGGUAGGUUCAAAAGAUUUUCGUGGUGAACCAAUCAUUGCUGGCACUUUUUUUCAUUUGGGUAAAAAACUAAUGCUUGUCAAUGAAAAAGCUGAUAAUAUCAACUAUUUUGAAAAAUUCAACUAUGUCAGGUUCACUCCAUCUUUACGCACAUGGGGAGGCACUGGAUUACCAGGAUGUUUAAUAGUAUCUGCUACAGGCAUGAUUGGAGCUCUGUUAACUAAUGACAGUGGAGAACCUAUGAUUUCGGCUACAAACAGUUUGGCUGUAGCUAGGUAUCGUAUAUCUGUUGUUGAUAUCAGUUAUCGACAAAAUGGAAAUUUCUUGAUUGUCACAUCUGAUGGUCGACCAAGAUCACCAAUUAAUUGUUAUGAAGUAUCAAUAAAGCUAAUAAAUGAAAAAAGUUGUACCAUUAUAUCACAGUGGUUGCCUAGCUUUUUUUUAACAUUUAAUGAAACUGUGGAUAGAGUUAUUUCACAUGUAAAAUUUUUAUUACGUGAAGGUUCCGAAUCUCUUGUUAUUGGCAGUAAUAGCAGCAAUGGAUGUAUUAUAGAAACAUGGGAAUUAGUCAAAAAAACUAAUCCAAUAAACAAAGUAUUUAAAAAAGUCAUAACUGAAGAUCAUCCAACUGUGAGUUGGAUAAAAAAAAGCUCUUUCACUGUAGGAGCGCAAUUAACAGCGUUAGCUACACCGAAAAUGUCCAUAUCCUACAACCAAUCUUCUAGCAGUCAAUACGUGGUUGCUGCCUUUAGUAAUCAUCAAGUUUGUUGUUUAUCUAGAGAACUAACGCAACAGUGUUUGUUUGAAUUAAGUAGUUAUUGUGAAGACAAUAUUGGAAAAAUAGGCUUGCAACAUAGUAGCAAUAUUCAAUUUUCAGACUUAGACAUUUCUUACCUGGGAAAUGUGUUUGUUGUCUGUGACAAUAUGGGUAAUUUAUAUUUGUUUCAACUACUUUCUGUAGCAGAACUGAAUGGGCCUUUAACUGUUGCCUAUGCUACAUUACAGCUUGAAUAUUGUUUGGUCACUGGUUUAGAUUGGUGGGAUCUGGCAAUAUCAUUAAGACCUAACAUGUUGGAAGCUGUGUGCAAUCGUUUUAGUGAAAAUUUCCUAAAACAAUCCCAGGUACUUCAACAAAAAGAGUACACUACAUAUUUGAGUAUUCGUUCUUUUCUUUACAAAAUGAUGCCUGGAGCACAAUCAAAACGUUCUGACCUCAUGCACCUGAUGACGCUUCAUUCCAUAUCUAACGCAUUUAAAAAUGUGUUACGUGUCAGUGAUAUUAUGGCUGAUAGAGAUCCUGUUGAAAGUUUAUCAAAUGUCCUGAAGGAACCUAUUAUAGACAUAGACAAAAUUUUACCUAGUCUAGGUGGUAAGGAUUUUACUGUAGAACCCAGUACUCUUCAAUCACUUCAUCAACUUAUCCAAUGGGUAGCACAGCUCGCAUUAAAUGUUGUUUCCAGAAUACCUGAACCACGUGAUAAUGUUGGAUAUAACUUGCUAAAUGAUUUAUAUGCCAUUAAUACAAUACGAGAGCUCUUAGUCAUGAUACGCAUUUGGGGUCUAUUAAGGCCUAAUUGUUUACCUGUAUUUAUCAAAAACAUUGACAAUUUAGAUGUUUUAUCUGUUACGUUUCGUUUACUUUCACGGUUUGUUCAACUAUGUGGUGAAAAUGAUGAAAUGUUAUUUGAUGAAUGUUAUACACUUCAAAGUCAAGUCAAUAUCACUCCUCUUUCAUCAGUUGCUGCAGGAAUUCAUGAAGUUGCAUCUCCUGCUCUUUAUUAUCAGCAUUUACCAUUAAAGUUAGUAUUUGGUCAAGAACCAGACUGUUUGAGGUAUAAUACAUCUUCUAUAGAUACAACAUAUAAUGGUAAACAACAUUCAGAUUAUGUGAAAGAUUAUGAUGUCAUAAGAAAUGUGUAUAUAGGUAGAUGUCCAUUAACUGUGAAACAGUGCAAUAGAUGUGAAGGUAAAAUGCAAUUGGUAGGUAAUUCAAGAACUGCAGCAAUUCGAGUAUGGGAAAAUAGGUGGGCCAGAAAUUGUAGAUGUGGUGGUAGGUGGCGGACAGUUAAAGUAGGAAGCCAGUAAGUUUAACAAUAAAAAAUUAUAUUGUUUAUAUAAAAUAUAAAACUUGAAUAUUCAAUAGUAUCAUAAUUUAGUUCAAUUUUUGGCAAACUUUGGUGAUUGCAACUUCAUAGUAAUACAUUUAUAAUCCAAUAUUAAUUAGUACAAACUAUUUAAUACGGUUGGAUAAAAAUAAUAAUAAAUAUUUUUACUGUUUUUAACUGCAAAUACAGUUGCUAAAUUAUUUUAA